AGCAGACAUUCCUAGAGAAACAUGGAUGGAGUCGGGAAUCUGACAGUAUCUUCUGCCAAUAAUAACACGUGCAAUGACACUAUUGAUGACUUCCGCAAUCAAGUGUAUUCCACCUUGUACUCUAUGAUCUCUGUUGUGGGCUUCCUUGGCAAUAGCUUUGUGCUCUAUGUCCUCAUAAAAACGUAUCAUGAGAAGUCAGCUUUCCAAGUAUACAUGAUUAAUUUAGCAGUAGCAGAUCUACUGUGUGUGUGUACACUGCCUCUCCGUGUAGUUUAUUAUGUUCACAAAGGCAUUUGGCUUUUUGGUGACAUUUUGUGCCGCCUCAGCACUUAUGCCUUGUAUGUCAACCUCUAUUGUAGUAUCUUCUUUAUGACAGCCAUGAGCUUUUUCCGAUGUAUUGCAAUUGUUUUUCCAGUCCAGAACAUUAAUUUGGUUACACAGAAGAAAGCCAGGCUUGUGUGUGUUAGCAUUUGGAUUUUUGUGAUUUUGACCAGUUCUCCAUUUUUAAUGUCCACAUCUUACAAAGAUGAGAAAAACAAUACCAAGUGCUUUGAGCCUCCACAGGACAAUCAGGCUAAAAAUCAUGUUUUGGUCUUGCAUUAUGUGUCAUUGUUUAUUGGAUUUAUCAUUCCUUUUGUUAUUAUAAUUGUCUGUUACACAAUGAUCAUUUUAACCUUACUUAAAAAUUCAAUGAAGAAAAAUGUAUCAAGCCGUAAAAAAGCUAUAGGAAUGAUCAUAGUUGUGACAGCUGUUUUUUUGAUCAGCUUCAUGCCAUAUCAUAUUCAACGCACCAUCCACCUUCAUUUUUUACACAAUGAAACUAAACCCUGUGAUUCUGUUCUUAGAAUGCAGAAGUCAGUGGUCAUAACCUUGUCUCUGGCUGCAUCAAAUUGUUGCUUUGACCCUCUCCUAUAUUUCUUUUCAGGGGGGAACUUUAGGAGACGACUGUCUACAUUUAGAAAGCAUUCCUUGUCCAGUGUGACUUAUGUAUCUAAGAAAAAGGCCUCUUUGCCAGAAAAAGGAGAAGAAACAUGUAAAGAAUAAUUUAAACCCAUUUCCAAUGAAAAUUAAUAGUUUCCCAAACAAGUAUUACCUCAAAUUAUCUACAAUAAAAAUGAGUAUUUCCAUUAAUAAUUUA